AUGAAGCUUACGUCGUUCUGGCUUCUUGCCUUUUUUUCUGCUCUUGCUCAGAGUCAGGAAUUUCCGGAAUGCACCCGCGAGCUGCUCCGGACAGACGACUGCGCAGCCGUGGUCAACCCCAGCGCCUGUUACAACCAGUUCCGCUGGAAUACGCGCACGCUGGGGUGCAUCGAGGGGGAGAACGACACGGAACGAAAGAUGAGGGCGUGCAAGUGCUGCAGCUGUGUUGGGACCGUCAUGUGUAACUGGGCGAGGCAGAAUCGGUAUUGCUCCGGGUAG